UGAUCUCCUGAGCCCUAACAGUCUUUAGUACACCCUCCCCCGCCAAGUACAAAAAAGCUGUGGGCACUUCAGACUUCUAAGUAAGCCUCUUUGAAGCAAACAUGAUAGGAAAGAAAGGAACACAGGCUUAGCAAAGGAAUUUUAUAACCAUGCCGUCAACCUUUUAGGAUAGGCAUUGUACCUCCUGCUCUCGCACUCCUACAAGUCUUACAUGUGAGAAUUGAUUACUCUGUACAAAACAGAAUCAUAUCCUAUAAGUCUGGAAUGCUGUAGAUACAGGCUGUUGUUUAAAAACGUACUCCUGCCACAGUUGUGCUGUUCGAACUGCUCAGUGGUCUUUGUGUGGAAGAAGAAUUCUCAGUGGUGGCUUUGAUUCUAUGCUUAAUUUAACAGAUGUUGAAACAGGGACACAGAUAUUUAGCAGCAAAAAUGAAUUUAGGGUCAGCACACUGAAGUUUCAUGUUUCUGAGCCGAAUAUUUUUAUUUGUGGAGGAUUCAGCCCUGAAGUUAAAGCCUGGGAUAUAAGGAAUUGUAAGGUGAUAAAAACCUACAAAGCAGCAGUACAACAGACCUUGGAUGUCCUCUUCCUUCCUGAAGGAAAAGAAUUUCUUACAAGCACAGAUGCAGUAAGCCGGGACUCAGCUGACCGCACGAUCAUUGCAUGGGAUUUCCACAGCUCUGCAAAGAUUUCCAACCAGAUAUUUCAUGAGCGUUAUACCUGUCCGAGUCUUACGCUGCACCCUAGAGAACCUGCAUUUGUUGCUCAGACAAAUGGAAACUACAUGGCAUUGUUUUCUACCCAACGACCAUACAAAAUCAACAAAAGGAAAAGAUAUGAAGGGCAUAAGGUAGAAGGAUUUGCAGUGGGCUGUGAAUUUUCUCCAGAUGGAAUGCUUCUAGUGACAGGAAGUUCAGAGGGAAAAGUAUUUUUCUAUAACUAUCACACUGCUAGAAUAACUCAAACAUUGUCUGCACAUAACGAAGCAUGUGUGAGUGCAACUUUUCAUCCAGUCCUUCCAUCACUUCUGGCAACGUGUGAUUGGACUGGAGAUAUCAAGAUCUGGCAAUAAUAAAACGUUACCAUUCAGAGUGAUUCCAGCUAGACCACUUUGAAGACAUGGGUGCUGGUGUUUCUUAACAAAUAAAUCAGUAUAUAUAAUUUGAAUAUUUCUUGUAACUUUGAGGUAGUCAGUCAUUUUGUAUAUUCCAUGUCAGGCUUCUAAGAGCAGGAUUUUCAAAAGUCUGUACAGCUGGUGUAAGUCUGGAAGUCACUAAGAGUUGUGCUAACACUGAGGUUUUUUGAAAAUAUCAUAUAAGAUUUAAGAUUAAAUAUCUUUUUUUAAUCAUGUGAUGCUUAAUGGGGUAAAACGCAUGCUUUGUGGCAAAUACUAAAUUAUACCAAAACAUUAAAAAAACAUUUUCAGAUGACUACAGGUCUCUGCAUGUCCAAAUCCUUGCUGCUCUUUAUGAGGUUAGCACUAGGGAGUUCAGGGAAAUAUAAUAUUUUACUUUUAUAGCAUAACUAUUCAAUCCAAAAGUUUUCUACUUCCAUGCAGUUUAGGAUCACUGUGUUGGAGAAAUCUGCCAAAGUGUAAAAGAUGUCUACAGACCUCUGUUAAUUUUUUUUAUGGUGUGUCUACACAGCACAGUUAUUUUGAAAUAACUGAUGUUAUUUUGAAAUAACAA